UCUUUAUGGAUAUCGUGAUUUACUUCUCACAUUGUACAUUUGCCAGCAUACAGUUAUAUUUCUCGGGUGACCCAAAUUGCUGAAAAAAAUACUCAGUCGAAAAAAAGCGUAACAUCAACGAACGAGACUAGAACAUUUCAUAGUAUAAAAACUAAAAGGAUAAUAUUAUUUAUUUAUUUAUUUAUUUAUUUAUUUAUUUAUAUAUAAUUAUAAUUAUUCAUUUCAUUCAUUUAUAUAAAUAGAUUACAAAGGAUAUUUUAUUCAAAAUGAGUGAUUUAAGAAAGGCUGCAGCCAUGUCAUCUACUAAUCUUCAAUCUUUAAAUAGUCCAGGAGGUUCAUCAUCAAAUACUGCUUCUGGUGCAUCAACCCCACAAUUAGAUAGAACUGAUUCAGUAAUAAAUUUAACUAAAUCUGCUCUUUAUGGAAUUUAUAAUGAUAAUUCUUUAUUAAAUUUAAAUCAAGAAUUAAAUGAUUCUUCAACCGAUCUUAAUGUCAAUGAUUUGACAUCUCAUUUGCAUCAACAUCAUCAUAAUCUUCAAACAAAUGGUAAUUUUAAUAGUCAUGCAAUGUCUCCUGAUGGAAGUUUAAGUUCAAGUAUUGAUAGUACUAUUGAAGAAGAACUGGAAUUUAAUACAAAACCAACAAUUCUGUUAUCAAAUACUCCAUUAUUAUUUAAAAUCUUAUUAUUAUCAUCUUCUGCAUUUAUUUAUAAUGAAAUUACAAAACAUAUUAAUUAUAAUCAUUUUGGUGAUAAUGAAUUAGCAACUUUCCCAAUGACAAUUACUAAUGUAUUCUUCUUUAGUUUAUUAGAAAAAUUUAAAGUUGGAAAUUAUAUACCGAUUAAUGAUGAAUUUGUUAUCAUUCUUGAUCAAAUUUUUGCUUUAACAGUUCAAGGUUUAUUAAUGGGAACUAUUCAUCCAUUAAUGGAUUAUCUUUUACCUUCUGCUUUUAGUAAAAGAUUAUUAAGUUCAAAUCCUACUCCUCAUCAUUCAACAAGUUAUUCAAAUUUAUUUAAUGACUUAUUAAGAGCUUCAAUAACUUUCUUAGGAAUAAGUUAUGCCAUUAGAAAUAUUGAAUGGUCUUCAUUUUUACAAGUUUCAAUUAUAUUCUCAUUCUUAAAUCCCGGUUUAUGGAUUUUAUUAGAUGGUACAUUCUCAGGAUUCUUGAGCUCUUUACUUGUUAGUAGUUUGGCUUGUUUAAUGGUUUAUCUUGAAAAUUAUACAUUUAUUAAUCAAUAUAAUUUCUUUAAUCAUGAAGAUAUCCUUGCUCUUUGGUUAUGGAUAGGAAGUUUCUUUUUUUGUGGUUUAAUCAUCUUUGGUAAAAUUGGAAGAGGUUUAUUUGCUAAAUAAAUUUCAUGCUAUUUAAGUGUUCUUUAUAUAAUUUUACAUUUCAUUAGAGCCAAUACAUAUAAUUACAGUCAUCAAUUUAUAUACGAAAAUUCAUUUAUUUUCUUCAUCUGUAUAUAUAUUUAUAUGUAUUAUAUAUAUAUAUAUAUAUUGAGAGAUUAGGAAAUACCCACAUUUACAUAAUGAGCAUCACCAACAUCCCAG